CAUUCAGAAAUCGACACUUCUCCACUAGCAGGACGGCGGCUAGCAGAGCAAGCAGCUGCUAACCUGCAGCAGCCACCUUUAAUGUCACCAGUCAUGUCACAUUUCCUGGCUGAAAAGGCCAAGCUGCAAAGGUUAAUUCACCCCUCCUGGAUAAAGAGGAGAGAGAGGGAGAGAGGGAGGCAGCAGGGACCGGGAGGACGGGGCAGGGAUAGAGUUUCCCCCCGGUAAGAGAUCCCUUUGACCGCCGUAGAUUCGGGUUUCUCCUCCGCUCUGACUCACACACAUCCUCACCGCGAGAGAAAUUCUUCACCAUAAUGCUUAUGUUUUUUUCUUUCCCGGACUAUAUGAUGAACUCAUGGUGACCGCCGAGGGCUCGUCGCUGCUGCUGCCCGGCGUCGUGUUACCUUCCUCGGGGCACCAUGGGCUCGUAAGAUGCCUUCUCUGUGGAAACGGAUAACGUUCUCGGCGGCCUCGGUGCUGUGCGUCGGCUCCGUGGCGCUCCUGGUCGUGGCCCUGUCCACGGAGCGGUGGGUCACCGGGCGGAUCCUGUGCAAAACCGGGGCGGAGAUAGUGAACGCGUCGCACCCGGAGCUGGAGCAGUUCAUCGGGGACCUUUACUACGGCUUGUUCCAGGGAGGGAAGACCAAGAAGUGCGGGCUGGGGAGGAGGCGCUCCAAGAUACACAUUUUCCCGAAGCUUGUGCGGACAUUGAACGGCGGCCUUCACGUGAUGGUGAUCCUCUUCCUGCUGGUGGCCGUGGGCUUCGCGUUGGUCAGUCUCUCCUUCUGCAUUUACAAUGCACGCAAGGUCCCGUACCAGAGCAUCAAAGGGCACAAAGGACUCUACCUGUGGAACUUCAUUGCUGCUCUUUUCGGCGCCCUGGCCCUGCUGUGCUUCCUGGCGGCCGUGAGGCACCACAGCAUGAGCGAGCGGGUGGCCAACUAUCGCGAGAGCCUCUUUGUGCUCGCCGUCCUGGACGACAGCCUGGACUGGUCUUUCUGGCUGGGUGUUGGCAGCAUUGCGACUCACUUUGCCGUCUGUGGAGUCGUCGCCAUGAGCCGGAUCAAACUGCCCAAACCGGAGAUUAAGAAACCCGAAGAGCCCACCAUCUCUUCUCUGGACCUGCUCUACUGAAGGACCAAACAAGGAGUGCUGUUGUUUCGCAGCACUGUGCCAGAACUCCUUCCCACCAUGAGACAUUUAGGCUCCUUAUGGCCUCAUGAUGGAUUUUUAUCUAAAUUCUCACUUGACAAAUUAUUUACAGGUGUUAUUAAAUGUUUAUUUGUCUGUGAUGAUCGUAUAAAAGUGUUGACUAGAAGGUGGUUUGCUUGUUUCAAAAGCUGCCUUGACUGAUGGCCCUGCGACCAAGAUAAGCUCCUCUCACUCUGUUUGAUGAAUUAAUGCACAAACAGCUCAUCUUCAUUAAGUUUCUCCAUAUCUUUGAGUAGCUGAUCUUUAACCUUCACAUUCUAGAUGUCUUGUGCUGUAAAUAUUCUGUCCAUAGCUGCAAAAUGUAAAUACUUAAUUUUAUUCAUUACAUGUAAAGAAUGUCAUCAAUGGAUCUCUUUUUCUCUUUAUGGUUCGCUGAGUAAAGCCUUCAUACUUAAAUGGUCUAUAUGAUCUCCCAUAAACAGAAAGAGACUAAAUAAUUAUUCUUUGACUUUUCUUUUACAUUCAUUACCUGAAGAAGUAAGCUGUCAUAAAGUUCAUAAUAAUAAUAAUUUUGUAGACUGACUUUGGCAAUUAUUAAAGGGCUUUUGUGGUAUGUCAAACUGUUGAGUUGUCUGCAUGACUUCAGAAGAAGGUGAAAGCUUUUCCUUCUUUUCAUGUUAUUGUCUUGUUUAAGACCCUUCCUGUCCUAAUAAACUUGAGCUGCAAAUAUGA